AGGGACGGGCGCACAGAUCGCAGGAGGGACAGACCCAAGAGCACGCCUCGCAGCCGGCCACGUCCCCACCCCCUGGCGCCCACGCCUUCUCCGCACCGCCUCCUCUAUAUGGCACAAACUUUCCUCCCGGGACGGAACACGCUGUCUUCGGGAGCCCGCGCCCGCGCCUUCUUCUCGCCUGGUCCAGAACGCUGCUGAAAUGGGUUGCGGACUGAACAAGUUGGAGAAACGUGAUGACAAACGGCCUGGAAAUAUCUACUCGACACUGAAGAGGCCUCAGGUGGAAACCAAGAUAGAUGUGUCCUAUGAGUACCGCUUCCUGGAUUUCACCACCCUGAAUGCUGCGGAGCUCCCACGGGCCUCGGCUGUGAGGCUGGCCUCCCUUAGGGAUCUGCCCGCCCAGCUGCUGGAGCUGUACCAGCAGGGCUUCUCCCUGGUGGCUCUACAUCCCUUUGUGCAGCCGACCCAUGAGUGGAAGAAGACACCCCUCGAGCACAUCUUCAGGGCCAUCCUGAUCAAGAAAAUUGACAGGUCUCAGAACACAGAUCUUCAAAAUGAAGGUUACAUCUUGGAAUUAGAUUGCUGUUCUUCCCUAGAGCAUCUGACAGGCCAAAAAAUCAUCCCAGAAUUCAUCAAGAAGAUCCAGGAAGCUGCGAGUCAGGGCCUGAAAUUCGUGGGGGUCAUCCCUCAGUACCGCUGUUCCGGGGACUCGGCAGGCGGCAGCCCCCAGACGGAAGCCCAGGAAGUGACGAUGGAGCCUGGCAGGUGUGGGCAUGAGAACCUGGGGGCUACAGAUGCACCCGAGGGGAUGGACGGAAGCCCAGAGCCUGGUCAAGGUCCGAGAGGGGCGGCACUUGCUUCCCAGCCACCCAGCCCGCCCUUGGGAGAGCAGGAUGGCGUGGACUCUCCAUUGCAAGGACUCUCCAUGAGCAGGACUCAGGAUGGACCAGCCGGCAACCUGUCGGAAGAGCGUGGAGAGCCACCCUCGGGAAAAAUGGAAAUCUUCACCCUUUUCAACAAACCGAAGAGCCAUCAGAAAUGCCGGCAGUACUACCCUGUCACCAUCCCACUCCGGGUCUCCAAGAAUGGCCAGACAGUGAGCGGUUUGGAUGCCAACUGGCUGGAGCACAUGAGCGACCACUUCCGGAAGGGCGGCGUCCUGGUGAACGCGGUCUUCUCCCUCAGCUUGGUCCAUGAUUCCUUACACAGCUUGACAGAUGGAGUAUUCAUCUUUGAAGCUGUUUCCACAGAAGAUAGCAAAACCAUGCAGGGCUACGAUGCUAUUGUUGUCGAACAAUGGACGGUUCUGGACGGUGUCGAGGUGCAGACAGACUACGUGCCCCUGCUGAACUCCCUGGCUGCCUAUGGCUGGCAGCUCACCUGUGUACUGCCGACCCCUGUUGUCAAGACAACCAGGGAGGGGAGCGUAUCCACGAAGCAGGUAGUCUUCCUUCAGAGACCGUGUCUGCCUCAGAAAAUCAAUAAGAAGGAAUCAAAGUUUCAGUGGCGGUUCUCCCGAAACGAAAUGCACAACAGACAGAGGCGGAAAUCCAGAAGUAAGCUUGGUGUCAGAGACAAGCGGCAAGCAGAAGAAAAUGAGAAGAAUCUAGAAGACCAGUUGCUCAAAGCUGGAGACAUGGGCAACUGUGUGCCAGGGAUGCAGCAGGAUGGCGCCCCUGAGGAGGUGAAGGUCCCUGUCCAGGCAGAGGUCCCAGCAGGAAAGCUGUGUCCUGACAGCCAGCUCUGUGUGGAGGACGGGGCCAUGCAGAACGGUCCCUCCAGCCACAGCCCGGCCCCAGCAGGAGGCUGUGAGGGGCACCCCGGUCCUGAUCCUGGCGAGGAUGCUGGAGUGGGUGGUGCAGAGGAGGAGGCUGCAGAGCCCAUGGCAGCAGAGGCCUGAUGAGCUGGUAAACCUGGGGCCCGGUGCUGGUGGCCAGGCUGGAGGCUGGUUUGCCCUGGUGUCACCUGUUACUCUUUGGCUUGGCUUGACCUCUCUUGAUGAGCUUUCCUGGGCCCUACAAGGAUCAGGUCCCUGACUUGGUUUCUGCACAUCCAUUUGAAAUGUGUCCUAACGCCCCAGUGUUAAAAUACAAGAGGGCAAGUUAUUUCUAGACCUUGGGUGUUCGAGGCCCUCCCCUGGCUCCAGCACUCCUCCUGGGAGGGGAUGGACCAGCCAGUGCCUCUGUCCGCCCCCACCCCCUGGGGCCUCCAGGCCAAAUUCUUGGCUACAAAUCAAGGCUGAGUUGUCCAUCCCCACCCUCCUUGAGGGCAGUGUCCAGCCCCUGCUGCUUGUGUGGCUACUUGGUGACUGUAACAAACCCUGGCUCUUGGUCAGUUGCCCUUCUGCACCUGACCCCCACACCCCAACCUAGGCCCCUGCUGCUUUGGCAAAGAAAAUGACAUUGGGAGGAGAGGUGCCCUGCUUCCUGGCUUUUCUCAAAGUGUUCCCAUAGAUCCUGGUAAUCUGGAAAUGAAGACGUAAUUCUGUGUGUGUACCUACUCCUGCAGAAUGUCUGAGAAUGUAUUCUGUGUUAGUAUUAAUCCCCACAAAAUUUUUUAAAGGUUUUGUAUUCAGCUCAUCACAUGAACACACGUUCCUACUGUCAUAUAAGGGCAAGCCAACUGGUGGGAAGCCCAUGUUACAUGCUCUUUUAAUCAGUGACUCCUUGGCCAAGUCACUUCCCAUGUAUGCUAUCCCGUGUUUAUGUUGUCUGGAAAGUACUGUUGAGGCUUUAAGUAGAUGCAACUGGCAGACCUUGGGGAGAAAGUGCCAACUGUCUUGACCAAACAACAGCUUGUCUCUUUCUUGUUUAGUUACUUAAAGCAAUAAAUCAUUUUUGAGUUUA